GUUACCCUUCGAGUAUAUGUGCAAGAGCACAAGUCCAUGACAGGGCACGCAAUGGAGUCUCGGAAAGCGGCAAUGAAAUGGGAUGAGGAUGUUUAUGGUCUGGAGUAUGAUCUGGACUUGUUCAACAUUGUCGCGGUUGAUGACUUCAACAUGGGAGCUAUGGAGAACAAAAGCCUGAAUGUCUUCAAUUCCCGCUUGAUUCUUGCAACAACGGAAAGAGCGACAGAUGUCGAUUACACGGCUAUUGAAGGAGUUGUGGCCCACGAAUACUUCUACAACUGGACCGGGAACAGAGUGACGUACCGCAACUGGUUCCAACUUAGCUUAAAGGAGGGUUUGACAGUUUACCGAGACCAGGAGUUCUCGCCCGAUAUGAAUUGUCGAGCAGUGGCGAGAAUCGGCGACGUUGCGUUGCUGCGUAUGGCCCAAUUCCCCGAGGACGCUUUACCUAUGACUCACCCUGUUCCACCAUCCAGCUACAUCAAGAUGGACAACUUCUACACGGUCACUGUUUACCAGGAGGGUGUGGAAGUGGUGCGAAUGGACUCCAGAGCUCACGUUGACCUCUAUCUACGACGAACGCACGAGGAGGUUAUCCCUCAAGUGCAAACAGCAUAUUCCUCCCACACCCGCUCAGCCAACGAAGGAACGUUGAUCCUUCUUGUUGUGGAGCUUGUAGGGAAAGAUGGGAAAGACAUUCCCCUGUGGUCACUCUAUGACGGCUCAGUGUUGAUCGACCUUGCCGAUGAUGACGACAAUGCUGUUGCUACGACUGUGCUGAGACUCGAGAAGGCCGAGCAGAAUUUUACUUUCUUGGAUAUUCCGGAGAGACCUGUGCCGUCACUUCUGCGGAACUUCAGUCCUCCGGUGCGUUUGUCCCAUGACCUUACUGAUGACGAUCUUGUGCUCCUGCUCGCACGACUCCAACGACUUUAACCGGCAGGAGGCAGCGCAAACACUUGUGAAGAAGAUGAUGCUUGGACUUGUGGAGAGGCAACAGAAGGGUGCGAAGCUCUCGGUGAAUGAUGGGUUUGUGAAUGCCAUCGGCAGCGUCUUGUCCAAUGGUUUGAUCGAUAAGGCACUGGUAGCCCGAAUGAUCGCCAUGCCCACUCACGCUGAGCUGGGGGAAAUGAUGGAUGUGACAGGCCCUGAUGCAAUCCCCGAUGUGCAUGCGUUUGUCGUGUGGUAGCUCGCAGUGCGGAUGAAGGAUCGUCUCCUUGACGUAUUUAGGAGCAAUCACAGCUAUGGCCCAUAUACACCUGAUCAUCCAAAUUAAGCAAGGCAGAGCUUAAAGAACACCACGCCGGGUUAAUCAUCCAAAUAAAGCAAGGCGGAGCUU